UUACAAUAACAUCACGAACUUGUUGUUUCGCGAAGCUUACGUAUGAAUGUUCAUUGUGUAAUUCUGGACAGAAAUGAGGACACCCAACGUGAUCUGUGUUUCUUCUCUUUUGUUGGUGACUCUUUCGACUGUUAUUGGUACAGACUAUCAGAUACACAAUGAAGACCUCGAUAUCAAGACCACAGACUCAGUCGAAUAUUCCGGACAAUCACUGAGCACAAAAUUGGUAUCCAGGAAAUUAAGUGAUCCCGGGAAUACGUCGGGUGUAAUAAUUGAGGCAAGAAGAAAUAGCAAGUGGGAUCUGCAGGAGGUGAAAAGGCGACUUGAAGUGAAUCAAGGGAAGCGGAAAAAGAAACGUGACCGAGAUGGGGGGUGGAAGCGAAUGGACGGGAGCAGAGCUAGGGCACCGGGGAGAGACCGGAAGAGAAAAAGGGGGAGAAAAAGAGAGUCGCUAACGAGACUGCAGGCGAGGAAACCGCAGCGCAGGAGAGGCCAAAGGCCGGUCAAGGGGCAUCACCGUCAGCGUGAUCACCACGAGCGUAGGAACCUGGAGAAAGAGUACCUCGUGAGAAAUCGCACCCUGGAACUGCUGGACAUUGAGGCGGCGGCGUCGACGGCCGACCGAUCCUCGUUCGCAUAUCCGGUUAAUAACGUCCAUGGCGUUUUCUUUGGGAGGCGAGUAACGCCGGAUAAGAUUGGUGAAAUUUUGGGCGAGGGACGCAGAGGGACGUCGAUCACUCGACUCAGGAUAGCUGAUAUCGUAAAACCCAAGACUGAAGAAGCGAAGCCGGGGGAACCGGACGAACCGCGGUGCAAUUGCACCGGCAAAGGUACUACAGUGGCUAGAGAGCCGCCGCUUUUCCUGGGAAAGCUAGAGUCCAUUGCAAUGAACGUGUCGAGGAUUAACAAUACGGCCCAGAGACCGCAGAGCGGAAAGAACUCGACGGUUCGUACGGACUUCGACGAAAGCAGUUACCACUUAUACGAUUACGAAAACGUGUUCGAAGACCCGAGCGUUUCACCGUGGGUGAACCCUGCACCUGCCCCCAAGGAAUCCGCCGACGUAGAAAACAGUCGGAAUGAGGACUCGUUGGACAGGACCACGGUGCUCUCGUCCGUCUACAUGCCGAUCGACGAUAGGAUCACUCUUCAUCAAGGAGUCGCCACUCUGUUGGCCAGGUUGUUUCAAACCUUGAGAAACGCGACGAGAGAUGAUGGUGACCAGGAACUACUUCAAGACCUCGAUUUCGACAACUCCGUUCAGGGUGACCUCUGCCAAAAGUGGCUUGACAGUAAGGACACGCUGGAGGAUGCCUUCUUGGGACCCCUCGUGUUGCCAGCCUGUCCCUGUCACUAUCCCAGCAGUAUUUUUUACGACGAUAAAAUUUGGGACCAGGGACAAGAGAGGUAUUUUCGCUGGCGAGAUGUCAGCGGCGAAGCGGAAAGACUCGACGUCUACAAACCUGGAGCAACCUAUUGCAUCCGGUCCUUAUUAGUGCAAGGUGGAGGCAGCGCGGCGGCCCAGCACUGCUGUUAUGAUGGAAAAAGGAAACUCCUGACCAGAGGUUCCGGUGCUGGAACUCCAAACCUCGUCAGCCCGGAAGUGUCCGCAGUUUUGCACGAGAGAAUCGAUAUCCUUCCUUGGAGGCUUUGCAAGGGGAAUUUCUCGAGAUUCAACAAAGUGCGACCACCCAACAAUGACAACCAAUGUAAGGAAAACCCGGAUGAAGAAGAAUAUCAACGACAGAUGAAUCAAACGAAACAUUACUAAAGUACAAUACGAACCAAACAUCUGCAUAUACAAUAAUGUAGCUUUAACUCGAAACAAUUAAAAAUACUAGUGAAGUAUUAAAUUAUUACAUGUUUUAAUGUAUGUGGCAUAUCCAGUGUUAAAAACCUUUAACU